UGAUAUGUAGUUCCAAAGAGCUCUUCUGCUUAUUGUGUACAAUAUAAUUACACAGUGAAGAGUGUCUUGUAACUGAGGUACUCGUACCGUAACUAUGGACGUAUGGAAGACAAGAAUGAACGCCGGCGAUCGAAACGGGGACUGAAUGGGGAAAGCCGGCGCCAAGAAGGAGGGAUGUAGGCAGCCCGAUUGGGUUACACAGCCGAGAAAUCCAAUCCAAUCCAAUCCACCGACCUCACGCCGUUUAAACCUCCCCAUCAUCAAUGAUCAUCGUCAUCAUUAUCAUCAUCGUCCUCAUCAUCACCUCCAUCGCGAUCAUCAUCAUUGCUGCCGCCAUCGUGGUUGUCAUCGCCGUUAUCGUUUAAAUCGAAUUUUCCAUAAUAUAGUGCCCAAUUAGACCAACGCCGGCAAUCGCUACAUUGUUACCGACAAGCACCGAGGCAAGGCAAGGCAAUAUGGUAAAAGAAAGGAAGGGUUCCCCUCCACUAAGGUAUAUAC